AUGCCGUCAAGAACAGAGACUGGCCACAAACUGGCCAAGUUUCUCGGCAUCAAGCUGGAGACUAAAGACGAUGUCACCAGAGGAGAAUCUGUCUUCUCCAACCACACUGCCGACUCCUUUAUCGAAGAGGAGCCCACUACAGCAGAAUGGCUUUCCGAGAUAACGCCUUCUGGCAAAGAUAUUGCCCACUACUUCAGAUCUCUCUUCCCGUUCUUGGAUUGGAUAGGCUUCUACAACCUGCAGUGGCUGAUUGGAGAUCUCGUUGCUGGUAUCACAAUCGGUGCUGUCGUCGUUCCACAGGGAAUGGCGUACGCUAAGCUCGCCAACUUGCCUGUUCAGUACGGUCUCUACUCGUCUUUCAUGGGUGUCUUGAUCUAUUGGUUCUUUGCCACAUCAAAGGAUAUUACCAUCGGCCCUGUCGCAGUCAUGUCCACCGUCACCGGAAACGUCGUCACCAAGAGUAUCGCAGCCCUGCCCGAAUAUGAGGACCAGCCGUGGGUCAUUGCCAGUGCUCUGGCUAUCAUUGCCGGCGCGAUUGUCUUCUUCAUUGGCAUCAUUCGCCUUGGACGCAUCGUCGAGCUCAUCCCGCUCGUGUCGCUGGCUGCCUUCAUGACUGGCUCCGCCAUCAACAUUGCAGCGGGUCAAGUGCCGACUAUGCUGGGGGAGAAAUUUGGCACUGGAUACUCGACGCGAGACUCGACAUACUUGGUCAUCAUCAAUAUCUUUAGGUUCUUGCCGACUGCCAAGCUCGACGCCGCAAUGGGUCUCACAGCUCUGACUAUGUUGUACUUGAUCCGCUUCGGCUGUAACCAAGCGGCCAAGAGAUACCCCCAAAAGCAGAAGCUCUUCUUCUUCCUCUCUACCCUGCGAACGGCUUUCGUCAUCCUCUUGUACACCAUGAUCAGCUGGCUCGUUAACAUGCACCACCGCGAGAAACCCAAGUUCUCCAUUCUGUCGGAUGUACCUCGUGGUUUCACUCACGCCUCGGUACCGAUUGUCAACACCAGGAUUAUCGAGUCCUUUGUCAGCGACUUGCCUGCUUCUGUCAUUGUUCUCUUGAUUGAGCACGUUGCCAUCUCCAAGUCCUUCGGCAGAGUCAACAACUACGUCAUCAACCCAUCCCAAGAGAUGGUUGCCAUUGGUGUCACCAACCUCCUUGCUCCUUUCUUGGGUGGCUAUCCUUCUACCGGAUCUUUCAGUCGAACUGCCAUCAAGUCAAAGGCUGGUGUCCGCACGCCCUUGGCUGGUGUUAUCACCGCUGUCGUCGUGCUCCUUGCCAUUUACGCCCUUCCGGCAGUCUUCUUCUACAUCCCGAGCGCGUCUCUAUCUGCCGUCAUCAUUCAUGCUGUCGGUGAUCUGAUCACACCGCCUCAGACGCUGUACAAGUUCUGGCGCGUAUCGCCCGUAGAGGUUCUCAUCUUCUUCAUUGGUGUAUUUGUCACGAUCUUCUCGUCCAUCGAGAAUGGUAUCUACUGUACCAUUGCCAUCUCUUUUGCAAUCUACGUGUUCCGUCUCUUGGUCGAUCACGGGCGAUUCCUUGGUCGCGUUCAGGUUCACUCAGUCCUUGGCGAUCACGUUAUUGGUGGAAACAACAGUGUCGUUGGCGAGUACGGUACUUUCAACGGUGCCGGGGAUUCCCCAGCCACAAGAAACGCUUUCCUGCCCAUUCAGCACGAAGAUGGAUCCAACUCCCAAGUCGAAAUUGCUAGCCCGUAUCCUGGUAUCUUCAUCUACCGCUUCUCCGAGGGCUUCAACUACCCCAACGCCACCAGUACUCUCGACUACUUGACCACUUACGUCUUCAAGAAUACCCGUCGUACACAGAUGGACUCAUACCCACGAAAGGGUGACCGUCCCUGGAACGACCCUGGUCCCAAGAAAGGUCAACACGAAGACCCCAACCUGCCGACUCUCAAGGCAAUCAUUCUCGAUUUCAGCUCUGUUACCAAUGUGGAUGUUACAUCGGUACAGCAUUUGAUUGACAUCCGCAAUCAGCUCGACCGCUACACGGCCCCCGACGUCGUCGACUGGCACGUUGCCUGCAUUUCGAACCGCUGGACCAAGCGUGCGCUCGUCUCCGCCGGCUUUGGAUUCCCAACCGAGCGUCCCGAUGGACUGCACCACCGCUGGCAACCCAUUUUCAGCGUUGCCGAGAUCGGUGGCUCCUCCUCGGCCGCCGCGGCCGCUGAGCACGAAGCCAAUGAGAAGGAGGCCAACUUCCGUGCCAGCAGCUCCGAAGCUCAGCGCAACGAUCUCGACGCCAUCGAGCGUGGCGCCGCGAGCUCGAGCAGCGCCAGCGCCAGCAUCGACAAGGGCCACAACCCCGUUACGCACCAGAACACCAGGCGGAGAGUUGCCGUCCACGGUCUCAACCGGCCGCUGUUCCACAUUGAUCUGACCAGUGCCCUGCAAAGCGCCAUUGCUAAUGUCGAGGCGCGGGCCAAGCACGCCGAUGGAACUGUGACCAACCCCAAUGCACCACCGGCCGCAGCAUAA